CGUCCUGUUGUUAGGCAGGUUGUCAGGGGCAGCGCAUCUGUUAGCUAAAGGGGGAUUAGGGUACUUCAGUUAAUGAUGAACUAUAUAUUAAACAAAGUACACGGCUGUGGGCAUACCUGCUUUUUUGCGCGAAGCUGUCUGACUUCUUUGACUGAAAGCGGCAGAGACGACAAGGUUUAUUUUUCUCGAAACGGUCAGAGGUUUUCCGCCGAGUUCGCUACAUAGGUAGCUAGCUAGUUGAGGUUUACUAACGUCGAGCCAUCUGACAAACCAAACCUUUUGACUUUUGCAAUAACUUUACACAAUAAUUAUACAUAUUUAUAUCCAGCUUUCAGUUGGUGCAAUAAUAAUUAUAAUAAUAACAUGGAAGCCGCUCAGGAAUAUCUAAAAGAGCAGAACGAAUUUGACGACAAUGACGAACCUUCAUCUUUACCUUACAAUUCCCCGUUUCGCUCCACUCGUCUACACAUCCAGAGGAGUAAUGUCUGCUCUCGGGCUUAUUUCGUCGUGGUCAUGGUCUUCUUUCAUGUUUACAUCCUAAAUGUUAUCGCCCUGCUGCUCUACGUGCACUACAACAACGGGCCAGGGGAUCUUGUGAGUGGAGACGGAGGGUCCUCAGCUGCUGGCGAUAAUGGGAAGAGUCUACCCCAUCCUGCCCCGUCCUCCAGAGAGCUGCAUGUGGAGGACUACAGUCAAAGCUUCAGUCUCCCUCGCAUUGAGGGAAUACGGGUUGGACAUGUUCAGAGGGUGUCUCUUGUCCCAGACAAAACACAUGAAAUGAAGACGCUUAGUCUGAAACCAUUGCUGUUUGAGAUCCCUGGCUUCCUGUCUGAGGAGGAGUGCCGUGUGGUGGUGCAGCUGGCUCAGCUCAAGGGCUUAAUGGACAGCCAGGCAACAGCAUCCAGCCAGGAACAAGAGGAGUCAAACCAGCCACUGCUUUCACUCAGCACAGAAGAGGUCUUCAGUCUAUUGGACUUGAACCAAGAUGGGCUGCUUCAGAAGCAGGAGAUUGUGAGUCAUUCACAUUCUCAAGAUGGAACUUGGUUGAGUCCUGACAAUCUACGGCAGAUACUGACCGGUCUGGAAUCCUGCCCAACAGGGAUGCUGACAUUGGGGGAUUUUAGGCAUGUUUAUGAUGUAUCCCAGCAUCCAGGACAAGAGAAAAGUGGGAAGCUUCAUAGUCAGUUCAAACAAAGGAGCAAGCAUACCUGGCUUUUCCAAGGCCCAGGAUCUCACCAUGUGCUGCGCACACUCAGGAACAGAGUAACCAGUCUGACACGUCUGCCCUCUGCAUUAGUUGAAUUGAGCGAACCACUGCAGGUCAUUCGCUAUGAACAUGGAGACUUUAGUAAUUCACACUAUGACAGCAGCCCUUCCAACUCAGAGACAACUUGUGCGCAUACACGAUUGGCAGGAAACACAUCUGCUCUCACCGAGGUCCCUUGCCGGUAUCUUACAGUUUUAUUCUACCUCACCUCUGUAGAAGAAGGUGGUGAAUCCACCUUUCCUGUGGCAGACAAUCGCACCUAUGAGGAGCAGGCACUUGUCCAGGAUGGAGUUGAUUUAACAGACACCCAGGAGACAUGUAGUAGAGGGAAUCUGAGAAUUAAACCUACUGCUGGGACAGUUCUCCUGUGGUACAACCAUCUCUCUGAUGGUAGAGGUUGGAUGGGUGAGUUAGAUGAGUAUUCCCUUCACGGCGACUGUCCAGUCAGACGUGGAGUGAAGUGGGUGGCCAACAGCUGGAUAAAUGUGGACCCAGAUUACCAGCAACAAGCCCGCUACCAGAGAGUAGUUGCUCAAAGGCAUCAAGCUAAAUCAGGCAUGGAUUAUCAGUCUCUCUCACACAGCGACCUCCACCAGGAUCUAUAGCUGGCUGUUUUUAUUGAGAAAAGUCAUUCUAAUUUUAAAACUAGGUCAGUUUUGCGUCAUUGCAGCCAGUGAGUUCUGACAGAUGUUUUUUUUGUUUGUUUAUUUUAACAUUGCCAGAUGUUGUAGUCAGAUUGAAAAUUGCACAAAACAGCACCACAUAUCUAUGUCUUGCACGUUUAGUGAAUUUUACUAGGGAGUUUAAUUUGCAGUUAUGGAGGCAUAUUUAUAUAGCACAAUUAACAAGUACAAAUAAAUGUAACAGAGGCAAUGCCAUUCUUUAUGAAAAUCAAGCCUUACAAAUGUAGAGUAAUAGUCAGAUUAUAUAUGGGGUCCAUGUGUGAACAGGAAAAGAUGCAGUUAUGUUUAAGAGAGAAGUCUGCUUACCUCCCUUCCUUUUAGGUUUACUACGCUGCUCCUCCUCUUGCAGGUCUAUGUCAUUUAUUGUUAUGGAAUUCAAGCCUUUUGUUACAAGCCAUAUUCAUCACAGUAUACAUAAGUGAAUGUGUUACCGAGGGAAAUUCCUGUGAACUCUUGUAUGUCUAUUUUGUUCAUCAGUUUCCCUUACAGUGAAAAUGAGCUUUCGUCAUGAUGUGUCAUUUAAUAAGGUGAUUGCAGGAAUCUUGUACACUGUAUAGAAUGAUCACUUGUCACACUGGCUGUGCAAGGCCAGUCCUUCAGGAGUAAUUUAAAUUAGAUUUUCUAGUAUUUCAACUUGUGUGUUUUUAUUCUCACAACUCAAAGCGUAUUUAAUUGUCUGAGACUAUUUAUUUCAGUGCUAUUUAUUGUCACCGUCUGGUGAUUUAAGUUAAAUGAAUGCAUAUUUAUAAAAGUUUGAUGUUGCAGUGGAUCUGUGUUUUAUUGUAUUUGAUAUGUCAUUAAAUACAGUAUACAAAACAGUGGUACAAAAAUAUUAGUGGUGUUGUGUAACUGCUCACAUCAUGUUAUAUAAAGAAUCACCACUAGGUGUCGCCAACAUCAUGUACAGUUAUUUCUGUGACUUGAAUAUGAGGUAGUUGUGAUAUACACGGGGAACUUGUCGGCUGUCCCUUUGGAUGACCAACUGAUGACGUCAGCGCA